UGAAUACACUGCACGUACGCAGGAUCGUUUGUUUUCUUGCUCGACUGUUGAAAUUGACUGUGCUCGUACUGCGAUAUCGCGUGGAAAAACGACCGACGGAUAAAACACUUCGAUCGUUCUCGACUGCUGGGGAUCAUUUGGAGGCAUCGAGAUUCGCGUGGCGACUGUGGGCUGCCGUUGCUUUUCCCUGACGUCCCAUAAAGAACAUUCUUCCUCGCCAUAUUCGAAGUCUCUCAAGAGUGCUUAGCUCUGCAUUUUGCAGCUGUUCCGACUUUGGAUGAGUGUAAUGUCAUCGUUUUCUAAGUGAUUCUUUUUUCCAUUUUUCUGUUCUUGAGUUCUUUUGGUGUUUCUGGCUCUGGAGCACUCUUCUCUUGAAGAAUCGAGAGUCUUUAACUUUGUGUGCAAAGCUGAUGAGGCUUGAGCGGGAGAUGAUGAUCUGGUGAGCUGAAACGGGUGUGAGCGAUUACCUGGCGAAUUUUUUUGAAGUGGGCUUAGUUGCAGGAGUUUGUGGAAUGAAUGGUUGCUAACCAAGUUCGCUCUUUGAGUUCGUACAAAGGAGACAAGAAUUCCCUUAAUUAUCUCUUCAAUCUCAGUCUUGCCGUUUUCAUCUAUUGCACGUCUGCUGGGAUACUUUAAAACGAAGCAUAAGAUUCGUUAGAGUUUGCAAUCCAUUUAAGUCUUGGCCUGCAAAAGGGUAAUUAUGGUUGAUUGAUUCGUGAGCAUCGGACAACGCUGAUUCGUGUUUCUGCCGAGCCGAAUUUGAGUUUUGAGUUCUUGAUUUUGUUGGUGAUAAAAUGAAAGGAGCUGUCUUUGUGGCCCUUGCUGCAACAAUUGGUAAUUUCCUCCAAGGAUGGGACAAUGCCACCAUUGCAGGAGCUAUAGUCUACAUAAAAGAAGACCUUGACUUGGGAUCAACUGUAGAGGGCCUUGUUGUGGCUGUGUCGCUCAUUGGAGCCACGGUCAUAACUACAUGCUCAGGGCCUGUAUCAGAUUGGCUUGGUCGCCGCCCAAUGCUUAUCAUGUCAUCUAUUCUGUAUUUCAUUAGUGGCUUGGUGAUGCUAUGGUCCCCCAAUGUCUACGUUUUAUGCUUAGGAAGAUUGUUAGAUGGAUUUGGAAUCGGUCUUGCCGUUACUCUCGUCCCGUUGUAUAUAUCUGAGACUGCCCCAGCUGAUAUUAGGGGAUUGCUCAAUACUCUUCCACAGUUCAUGGGUUCGGGUGCAAUGUUUUUGUCAUACUGUAUGAUAUUUGGGAUGUCUCUGUCAGCUUCACCUAGCUGGAGAAUAAUGCUCGGGGUUCUUUCGAUUCCAUCAGUUAUUUACUUUGUGUUCACGGUUUUUUUCUUGCCUGAGUCCCCACGGUGGCUUGUAAGUAAAGGGAAGAUGGUCGAGGCAAAACAAGUUCUCCAGAGACUACGUGGGAGGGAAGAUGUUUCAGGUGAGAUGGCUCUAUUAGUUGAAGGUCUUGGAAUUGGUGGUGAAACAUCAAUAGAAGAAUACAUGAUAGGUCCCGCUGAUGAGGCUGAUGAUCACGAGCCAUCUGCCGAAAAAGGCAGGAUCAAAUUAUAUGGACCUGAAGAAGGUCUCUCCUGGGUUGCUAAACCUGUGGCUGGACAGAGUUCUCUUGCCCUUAUCUCCCGCCAGGGAACCAUGACUAACCAAAACGUGCCUCUUAUGGACCCUUUAGUUACUCUCUUUGGCAGUGUCCACGAAAAGCUUCCCGAGACAGGAAGCAUGAAAAGCAUGCUUUUCCCUAAUUUCGGCAGCAUGUUCAGUACAACAGCGGACCCUCAUGUUAAAGACAAGGAGUGGGAUGAAGAGAGUGUGCAAAGGGAAGAAGGCGAGGAUUAUGCUUCCGAGGCUGGUGGAGGGGACUCUGAUGAGAAUUUGCACAGUCCACUGAUCUCGCGCCAAACAACAAGCAUUGAGAAGGAAGUGGGCCCUCCUGCUUCACACGGAAGUAUUCUGAGUACAAGGCGCCAUAGUAGUCUGAUGCAAGGAACAGGGGAGCAGGUUGGAAGCACGGGAAUUGGUGGCGGCUGGCAGUUGGCGUGGAAAUGGACUGAGAGAGAAGGCGAGGAUGGGAAAAAAGAGGGAGGAUUUAAGAGAAUCUAUUUGCACGAGGAGGGAGUUCCGGGGUCACGACGUGGUUCCCUUGUUUCGCUUCCUGGGGUUGAUGUCCCUGCUGAAGAUGAAUUUGUCCCAGCUGCUGCUUUAGUUAGCCAACCUGCUUUGUAUUCUAAGGAACUUAUGGAUCAGCAUCCACUAGGACCAGCUAUGGUUCAUCCAUCUGAAACCGCCUCGAAGGGUCCAAUUUGGGCCGCUCUUCUUGAACCAGGAGUGAAGCAUGCAUUAUUUGUUGGGAUGGGAAUACAGAUACUUCAGCAGUUUUCUGGAAUAAAUGGAGUUCUCUACUACACUCCUCAAAUUCUUGAAGAUGCUGGAGUUGAAAAUCUUCUUGCAAACCUAGGGAUCAGCUCAGAAUCCGCGUCAUUUCUUAUUAGCGCAUUCACGACUUUCUUAAUGCUACCAUGUAUAGCUGUGGGCAUGAGGCUUAUGGAUACCUCUGGAAGAAGGACGCUCCUUUUGACUACGAUUCCGGUGCUCAUCGUGACACUUGUAGUAUUAGUAAUCGUCGAACUGGUGGGUUCGAGCUCGGUGGUCAGCUCCUUGAUUGCGACCAUUUGUGUGGUGGUCUACUUCUGCUGCUUCAUGACGGCUUAUGGUCCUAUUCCAAAUAUCCUGUGCUCUGAGAUAUUCCCCACAAGGGUGCGCGGUCUCUGCAUCACAAUAUGUGCAUUAGUCUUCUGGAUAGGAGACAUCAUCGUGACCGAUACGCUGCCUGUGUUGCUCGAUUCGAUCGGCUUAGCUGGCAUCUUCGGCAUUUAUGCCGUCGUGUGCGUCAUAUCUUGGGUCUUCGUCUUUUUAAAAGUUCCGGAAACCAAAGGCAUGCCUCUUGAAGUCAUCACCGAGUUCUUCUCAGUCGGAGCGAGGCAAAUAGCUACUGCAAAAAAUUAGUGAUUUGAAGUAAUCAGCCUCUCGUCUGUAUGUACUGCUCUUUUCGGGGGUCAUAACUAUUUUGAUAGUAGAGUAUGUGAUGGCUUCAAGGUUACCGUCAUAUUUGUUAUGAACUUCUUGUUUUGUAUUGUGAUGCAUAAAGCAAGAUUUUUUGGCA